CAUAUUCUUAACGAUUCCUGGAAAUAACGGCAGAAUCAGAAUCUUCUCCGCACAGAACAAUUAUGUGUCCAAGCAGUACAAAAUAGAUCAUGAUCACCGCCGCGUUGUUGCUGUUAAUCGCGGUCGUGAAGGACCAGAGCGAAAACGUUCAAGCUUGGCCAGCGAGACCUCGAAUAAAAAGUGACCGAACGGAUAACGUCUAUCUAUCAGAUGAACCGGUCAAAUUAACUUGUGCGACUACUGCUCCGGCAUGUUCCGCUGGCACCUUUCACCUGUACAGCAACCAACGAGAAAUAGAGCAAGCGCCAACAGAGCGAAAGAGCGCGACGUUCACCAUCGCGAAUGGAGGUGAUGCAUCAGGCAUAUACAGUUGUUUAUACACGUGCACGGUGUCUGGUAGAGACAUUACCUCAGAAGAAAGCGACAAGAUAGAGAUAACAGUGGUGGCUCGGCCAGCGAGACCUCGAAUAAAAAGUGACCGAACGGAUAAAGUCUAUCUAUCAGAUGAACCGGUCAAAUUAACUUGUGCGACUACUGCUCCGGCAUGUUCCGCUGGCACCUUUCACCUGUACAGCAACCAACGAGAAAUAAAGCAAGCGCCAACAGAGCGAAAGAGCACGACGUUCACCAUCGCGAAUGGAGGUGAUGCAUCGGGCAUAUACAGUUGUUUAUACACGUGCACGAUGUCCGGUAGAGGCAUUACCUCAGAAGAAAGCGACAAGAUAGAGAUAACAGUGGUGGCUCGGCCAGCGAGACCUGAAAUAAAAAGUGACCGAUCGGAUAAUGUCUACCUGUCAGAUGAAUCGGUCAAGUUAUCCUGUUGGAUAACUGGUUCUCCAUGUUCCGAUGGCACCUUUAACCUGUACCAGAACCUAAAACCAGUACAUCAAGCGCCAUCACAGCGAAAGAGCACGACGUUCACCAUCGCAAAGGGAGUUGAUGCAUCGGGAACAUACGGUUGUUCAUACGCAUGCACAGUGUCCGGUAGAAGAAAACUCUCAGGAGAAAGCGAAAGAAUAGAGAUAACAGUCGUGGCUCAGCCAGCGAGACCUCGAAUAAAAAGUGACCGAGUGAAUAAAGUCUACCAGUCAGAUGAAUCGGUCAGGUUAACUUGUUGGAUAACUAGUCGGGCACAUUCCGUUGGCACCUUUCACCUGUACAGAAACCGACAAGCAUUACAGCACGUGCCAGCACAGCGAAACACCGCGACGUUCACCAUCGAGAAUGGAGGUGAUGCAUUGAGCAUAUACAGUUGUUUUUACACGUACAUUCUGUCCGGUAGAAGCAUAUCCUCAGACGAAAGCGACAGAAUACAGAUAAAAGUCGUGGAUUUGCCCAGACCAAACAUAUCACUAGCCUCCAGUCAUGUUUCUCAAGGUGAAGACGUUACGUUUAACUGCACAGCCACGAAAAGCACGUCGGUCGGAGCAUUCUACUUAUACAAGAACGGCGUUCGAUUGAAUGACUCGGUUCCCCAGAGUGCAGAUGCACAGAACAAAUCAACCACUUUCACCAUCCAGAAUGUAGAUCCAGGAAAUACUGGAAAUUACACAUGUGUCUAUAAACUAUUGGAAGGAGGCAGGCAUCUAAUAUCGGCGCCCAGUGAUUCUGUGCUUCUUGCUGUAAGCGGAAAGUCGAUUCAACCGUGGAUUCCAGCUUUACCUGUUGUGUUCCUUAUGUUAAUACUUGGAGUAUUGGGUGUUUACUGCUGGAAAAAAGGGAAGUCCAGCGGCCCCAGAGAAUUGAGAGCUGCUCCACCUCCUAAAGACGGUCGCAGUGACGAUGUCGUAUACGCUGAUCUUACGGUAGUACCACAAACGACGAAACAAAAAGGCAAGAAGAAACGCGUUGAAACCCACGGCGGUGAAGGCACCAUCUAUGCAGACGUCAAGCUGUAAAAGGGACAAAAGGCUCCUUGAUGUUUUCCACUUCCCCAGGAGGUGACUUGGGUCCGUGAUCUACAGCUGCGGCUCAAACUAUGCUUCUUCAUGGGUGGUGGGUUCUCGCUGUCGGAACUCGCCGAGCGACCUGGGGUUUCGAUGCCUCCAGGGUUCAAUGUUUUGACGUGCGCCGUCAGGGUGCGGUCCUGUGGACGACCCGAUUCCUCACCGAUGUCGCUGACUGAAGUGUCACGCGAGAUUGAAACACCAAGACAGCGGGUGGUGUACGCAGCCGUCUGAGCCCCCUCGAGUAAUCUCUCUCUCUCUCACUCUCUUCCUCUCUCUCUCACUCUCUCUCUCUCGGUGGUGAGUGAGAGUCUGUUCUUCGAGUUGGGAUCUUGAACAAGCGACGCGGCAGUCUGUAACAUCGAAACAGCGAGCUGUUGGUGUCCGCUUGUGGCAGAAGCGAUGUGUCUCUGCCUCUCUCGCUCUUGAGAGAGAGAGGGAGAGAAAGAGGGAGAAAGCGAGACUCUAAGAUGUUGAAGUGUUUGAAUGGACAGUAGCUUUUGAUGAACUGUAGAUCAUGGUCUCCGGAAGCUUCACUAAUGUUUUCAUGGUGGGUGGUAGACGGCUAAUGCUUUUGCUGUAGCAAACGGAGCGGAGGGCGGAGGCUUAAAUAUUUUGUUGCUGCUUGUGCAUGGAAAGGGUGGGGUGCAUGGGGUUGUAACGCUUUCUGUUGAUCAUUGUCUGUUUUUUUUUCUCUGUUUCGCAGCUGUCUUCAAUGAGUAAGAAUUUCAUAUUGUAUACUGCAUACAUUCUCUGAUACUAAAUUGAACCAUUGAACUAUUAAUAGCUGCCAUGCCUUCUGCGUAGCUAAGUCUCAAGAUUGGGACGCAGGUCUUGCAGCAGGAGCAGGCCUGAUUCAGAUCCAUUAUCAGAUUCAGAUUCAGAGUUAUUCAUUUAUCACAAUGCACACUUAAACAUACAGUGAAAUGUGCCGUUUGCGAUAACAGCCAACACACCAGUUCAGUCCCAGAAUUUGAAUUCAGAUCUAAGUGUUUUGUAAUGAAAUACGGUAACGGAAGCAGUCCAAAUAUGUCAUGAUAUCAGGCCAGUCAUUGAUGAGGAUCAUGCCUGAUCACAUCCUUCGGCGCCACAUGAUUGUGAUAAUCCAAUAUCACUGGAUACAACUACCUGUCGCGCCGAAUCCAAAAUGACUUGACUUCUUUGUCUAAUUUGCGAUUCGACACCCAAAGCUGUGUAGAAACUUAUUCCAAAAGCAGUCCUAAGUCAAAAUAAAGACUAAAGCCAAGUGUACAAGUUACUUUAUUUUCAGGUGCAAAGUUAAACGCACAUUAAACUGAUGGCAACAGAAUAUAACUGAUUAGUUGUAUGAUACUCGGGUAUCUCCAGCAUGUCAGAGAAGAUUCAGUGGGUAAAUUGAGUUUAUAUUCAACUGCACAAGUCCAUGUAUGCAUAGGAGUAACGAUAAACUUACCUGUUCCAUGCCCAGAGCUACAGAUAAGCAUCAUACACGAAAAAAUAAAAUCUAAGUUAAACAUAAAUUAUGCACAAUAUGUUUAAGAAUGAACACAGGUAGAACUAAAACGUCCAAAACAACGUAAUCAAUGUUGUUAUUGUGUUGCUAAACCUAAGGUCCGCAGGUUGGUUCACGAAGCGAAUGGUUGCAGGAACUGGUUGACUGUGACCCUGGUUCUAAAUUCAAUACAAAUAUUAUUCUGCAAUUGCUCAUCCAUUGGGUGUUGUGCUCUUUAGGGAAGAUCUUUGUGAUUUAUUGUUGCUUCAAGAGUCAGAAAAAGCAUUGAAUGAAUUAACUUAAUUUGACACAUUGUAUUUUAAACAACAUGCGUAUCAAUCCCGUGCUCAGGGCAGCACGGAAGGGUAGCUGUUAGAAGAAUGCUUCACAGUACCAGGGGCUGGGGUUCAAUCCCCGUCGCUGCCUGUAAGACAUUUCAACGUUCUCACCCUGACCAAAUGUGUUUCCUCUCACAGUCCAAAGACAUACCGGUUGGCAGAAUAAUUUCUCUUCAUAAAUUGUCGCGUGAUUAGGUUCAGAUUUAAAAGGGGGAAUUCUGAGCGGCGCGGCUGGAAGGGCAGUAAGGACCUAUACCGCGAUGUAUCUCAGUAAUCAAUCAAUCAACCGGAUUGAUAGAUAGCUAUCUAUACAGAUAGAUAGAUAGAUAGAUCGAGAAACAGAUGGGUAAACAAGAAGACAGGUAGAGAGAUAAAUAGAUAGACAGACAAAUAAAUACAUAACGCAGCUUCUGAAAAUAGAUUCAAAUCUGACACAGUGGCGUCAGGAAAACUACUUCUCCCUCAGUGUCGCAAAAACAAAGGAGCUGGUUGUGGAUUACAGGAGGAAUGGAGACAGGCUAACCCCUAUUGACAUCGAUGAAUCUGGGGUUAAAAGAGUAAACAGCUUUAAGUUCCUCGGUAUCCACUUCACUCAGGAAUUCACCUCGGUGUAGUGAGAAAGGCACAACAGCGCGAGUUUUACCUCAGACGGUUAAAGGAGUUUGGAAUGGGUCCCUAAAUCCUAAGAUCUUUCUACUAGGGCACAACUGAGAGCGUCCUGACUGGCUUCAGCACUGGCUGGUAUGGGAACUGUACCUCUCUCAAUCGCAGGUAUCUGCAGAGACUGGUGCAGACAACUUAGCGCAUUUGUGGUUGUGAACUUCCCAUGAUGCAGGACAUUUACAAAGACAGCUGUGAAAAAAUGGCCCGAAUCAGAAUCAGGUUUAUUAUCACCGGCAUAUGACUUGAAAUUUGUUAACUUAGCAGCAACAGUUCAAUGCAAUACAUAAUCUAGUAGAUAGGAAAAAAAAAUAAAUAACAUAAAACAUGAUGAAGAAACAAGUAAACCAAUUACUUAUGCAGUAUGGAAUAGCAUUUUUUUAAUGAGCAAAAGGAGAAAUACUGUGUAUUAAAAAAGUGAGGUAGUGUCCAAACCUUCAAUGUCCAUUCUGAAUUCCGAUGACAGAGGGGAAGAAGCUGUCCCUGAAUUGCUGAGUGUGUGGCUUCAGAUUUCAUUAUCUCCUACCUGAUGGUAACAGUGAGAAAAGGGCAUGCCCAGGGUGCCGGAGGUCCUUAAUAAUGGACGCUGCCCUUCCGGGACACUGCUCACCGAAGAUGUCCUGGGUACUUCGCAGGCUAGUACACAAGAUGGAGCUGACUAGAUUUACAACUUUCUGCAGCUUCUUUCGGUCCUGUGCAGUAGCCCCUCCAUACCAGACAGUGAUGCAACAACACACAUAAAAGUUGCUGGUGAAAGCAGCAGGUCAGCAUCUCUAGGAAAAGGUAAAGUCCACGUUUCGGGCCGAGACCCUUCGUCAGGACUAACUGAAAGAAAAACUAGUAAGUGAUUUGAAAGUGUGGGGGAGGGGAGAAGAUCCGAAAUAAUAGGAGAAGACAGGAGGGGCAAGGAUGGAGCCAAGAGCUGGACAGUUAAUUGGCCAAAGGGAUAUGAGAGGAUCAUGGGAGAGGAGGCCUAGUG